AAGACAGUUGAGGGACUGUCCAAACUUUGAAAACAAAUUUCACUUUUUCCAGUGUACUGUAAUGUACGUUGGAGUUGUAUUUGCCAGUUGGUCGAAGACAGAGCUGCUCUGAUAACGUAUUAUAAGCAUUUUCAAGUAAAAUAAAGCAAGCUGGCUUGUUUUCUUCCACUCAAAAUCGAUACUGCAGUGCCAGGGCAAUUCCUGAUCAUUGACGAUCUAUUAAAGCCGAUCUCUCUGUCCUAGUUGGUCUUCAUUCUGCUACUGGGCGAAAUGAAUAUGUAGGGAAAAUCUGUAUGAUUGACUGAGCUUACGACAUAAUACUGCCCUUUGUGACACAUUCACAGUGUUCUCCAGACACAGGAAGCAGUUACUUCUUGAAGGUCAAAUGUCCGACAGGGUGUCGGGUCAUGGCCCAGAGGAUAAUACAUCAGUGUCCUUUUCAACUAAGCUGCUAGAAAGUCCAUCAGUGAAAUCUUUCCUUGCUGGAGUCAUAAGCAGUACCAGUUCCUGUAUCCUCCUGCAGCCGUUAGACCUUGUCAAAACCCGCAUCCAGUCCGCUCGUUCUACACUACAUCGUCAAUCGGGGCCUGCCAAACCUUGUCGGAAGGGUCUGCUUGCUACCACAGUUGAUGUUGUCAAGAAUGAGAGAGUGUUUGGUCUCUGGCAAGGAUUAACACCAUCACUAGCGAGAACUGUGCCUGGUGUUGGUCUCUAUUUCCUGUCCUUACAUACCAUCCAGACAACAUUUGGAUGGCCUGAAUUAAAUGCUUCACAAGGGUUGUUUGUAGGUGCUCUUGCCAGGUGCAUUGUGGGUACUGCUUUACUACCUGUGACUGUUGUAAAGACAAGAUUUGAGAGCAAACAGUAUUUUUACAGAGGCAUUACUAGUGCACUCAGAAAUAUACACAAAGAGGAAGGAUAUAGAGGUCUGUACAGCGGGCUGUCAGCUACUCUACUACGUGAUGCUCCCUUCUCUGGACUAUACCUGGCUUUCUACUCCCAAGCCAAGCUACUUGUACAUUCAGCCUCCAGUCAGAUGACAAUUCCUGUUCACUUUGCGUGUGGUGUAGCCGCCGGUAUUCUUGCCUCCUCCGUCACUCAACCUUUUGAUCUUGUCAAGACACACAUGCAGUUGAAUCCAUCCAAGUACCCUGGCUUUACAUCUACUUUCAAAUACAUUGUCAAGAACCAAGGUGUGACGGGUUUGUUUUCUGGUAUGGUCCCGCGAUGCAUCAGAAGAACACUAAUGGCUGCGUUAACAUGGACAGUCUAUGAAGAGAUGAAGGUCAGGCUGCAUCUGAAGUAAGAUAUCUACGAAAGAAAUUUCUAUGAAUUAGCGCUGAAAUUAUUUUCUUCUUUGAUAACUUUUAAACUUGUGAAAAAGUAUGGUGAUCAAAAGAAAUGUACAUGUAUACUAUAUUGGAGCAUGUUAUUGGAUCCUUUGAGUGCCUGCAGUUUGUUGACUGUCAAACAUGCCAAAGUAGCAUCAUCAGCUGUGACAAAUUCAAGUUAUUUGUGAGGGUAUUGUAAUUUAUCUUCAGUUUAUUACUCUGUUUCAGCUUAUGCUGAUGCCAUCAUGCUACAGUAUUAAACAACUUUGCAUAUGUCACUUGUGUAUUGCACGAUUGCAUGCAUACCAAAGGAUUCCCAAUAAAGCAUAGUGAAACAUGCUAACUGAACCGAAACACAGAGGCUUGUGAGAGUUGCUUCCAAGUUUAACAAGUAUAACAUGUAAUUAUCGCAACCAAGUGUAGGGGAAAGUUGCCUAUGUCUAGAGCUUGUUUGCUGCGCUUAUACAUGUACAUGAUUAACCUCGCUUGUGCUUGUUCUUAUUUGUUUAUAUUUUAUCAGUUACACAAGCUAUUACAUAAAGCAACGUUAACUCCUGCUUGCUCGUUCACUUUGAGUACGAGCUAGUUGCCAUCAUGAUUUGCAAUACUGGUGUGAUAACUAAUCUUAGAUAUGCUGCAUAUUAGAAAGGUUGGCAGAGUACAAAAUGCAGUAGAUUAUUCAAAGGUGUGAGACCAGGUGCCUGUUGCAUAAAACUUUUUACCUGAGAAAACUCUGGUAAAAAUUGAAAACUAAGGUUAGUCUGAUUUCUGCCAUU